GCAGAUGGCUGAAGGAAUGGACUAUGGGGAGGUAGGAUAUGUUACCUGGAAGAUGGGCUCCCCAGAAAAGGAAUAACAACAAAGAAAGCAGGGCAUAGACUUCUCUUGUCUUGGUUGGAUGCACAAAUCUGUGUGCAGUGCUUUUUGCCCGUUGCCUAGACGAUCACUUGGUUUCUCUGAGGAUGUCUGGUUCUCGUAAAGAGUUUGAUGUGAAGCAGAUUUUGAAAAUCAGAUGGAGGUGGUUUAGCCAUCAAGCAUCAUCUAAUUCUACAGUUGACAGCCAGCAGGGAGAAUUUUGGAAUCGAGGACAGACUGGAGCAAACGGUGGGAGAAAGUUUUUAGAUCCAUGUAGCCUACAAUUGCCUUUGGCUUCAAUUGGUUACCGAAGGUCCAGCCAACUGGAUUUUCAGAAUUCACCUUCUUGGCCAAUGGCAUCCACCUCUGAAGUCCCUGCAUUUGAGUUUACAGCAGAAGAUUGUGGCGGUGCACACUGGCUGGAUAGACCAGAAGUGGAUGAUGGCACUAGUGAAGAAGAAAAUGAAUCUGAUUCCAGUUCAUGCAGAACAUGGAAUUCUGAACUGUGGUGUUGGAAUAAUAAUAAAUAUAGACCAGUCAUCUAUAAUCAUUUGUAUACUGGAGAGAGGGGCAUAUCUUUACAUAGGACUUCCAACAGUAGUCAGACAUUAUCAUCCUGCCAUACUAUGGAGCCAUGUUCAUCAGAUGAAUUUUUCCAAGCCCUUAAUCAUGCGGAGCAAACAUUUAAAAAGAUGGAAAACUAUUUGAGACAUAAACAGUUAUGUGAUGUAAUUCUAGUUGCUGGUGAUCGCAGAAUUCCAGCUCACAGAUUGGUGCUCUCCUCUGUCUCUGAUUAUUUUGCUGCCAUGUUUACUAAUGAUGUCAGGGAAGCAAGACAAGAGGAAAUAAAAAUGGAAGGUGUUGAACCUAAUUCACUAUGGUCCUUGAUUCAGUAUGCGUAUACAGGCCGCCUUGAAUUAAAAGAAGAUAAUAUUGAGUGCCUGCUAUCUACAGCUUGCCUUCUUCAGCUUUCACAGGUUGUAGAAGCUUGCUGUAAGUUUUUAAUGAAACAGCUUCACCCAUCCAACUGUCUUGGAAUCCGUUCUUUUGCUGAUGCCCAAGGUUGUACAGAUUUGCAUAAAGUGGCUCACAAUUAUACUAUGGAACAUUUCAUGGAAGUAAUUCGAAACCAGGAAUUUGUACUAUUACCAGCCAGCGAAAUUGCGAAGCUCUUGGCCAGCGAUGACAUGAACAUUCCUAAUGAAGAGACGAUACUGAAUGCACUUCUAACUUGGGUCCGUCAUGAUUUGGAACAGAGACGGAAAGAUCUCAGUAAACUUUUGGCUUAUAUUAGGCUACCUCUUCUUGCACCACAGUUCCUGGCAGAUAUGGAAAAUAAUGCACUUUUCCGGGAUGAUAUAGAAUGUCAGAAACUUAUUAUGGAAGCGAUGAAGUACCACUUAUUACCAGAGAGACGACCCAUGUUACAAAGCCCUCGGACAAAACCUAGAAAGUCAACGGUUGGAACACUAUUUGCAGUUGGAGGAAUGGAUUCAACAAAAGGAGCAACAAGCAUUGAAAAGUAUGAUCUUCGUACAAAUAUGUGGACUCCUGUAGCAAAUAUGAAUGGGAGGAGGCUGCAGUUUGGUGUUGCAGUGUUAGAUGACAAACUGUAUGUGGUUGGAGGAAGAGAUGGACUGAAGACUUUGAACACUGUAGAAUGCUACAACCCCAAAACAAAAACCUGGAGUGUGAUGCCUCCUAUGUCCACCCACAGGCAUGGCCUUGGUGUGGCUGUAUUGGAAGGUCCCAUGUAUGCAGUAGGAGGACAUGAUGGCUGGAGCUAUCUGAAUACAGUGGAAAGAUGGGACCCUCAGGCUCGCCAGUGGAAUUUUGUUGCCACUAUGUCCACCCCCAGAAGCACAGUAGGUGUGGCUGUACUAAGUGGAAAACUUUAUGCAGUUGGUGGUCGUGAUGGAAGUUCUUGCCUCAAAUCAGUAGAAUGUUUUGAUCCUCAUACUAAUAAAUGGACACUCUGUGCGCAAAUGUCCAAAAGGAGAGGGGGAGUCGGAGUAACUACCUGGAAUGGAUUGCUGUAUGCUAUUGGAGGACACGAUGCUCCUGCAUCCAACUUGACAUCCAGACUCUCAGACUGUGUGGAAAGAUAUGAUCCCAAAACAGAUAUGUGGACUGCAGUGGCAUCUAUGAGCAUCAGCAGAGAUGCAGUAGGGGUCUGUUUACUUGGUGAUAAAUUAUAUGCUGUUGGAGGGUAUGAUGGACAGACUUACCUUAAUACAGUGGAGGCUUAUGAUCCCCAGACAAAUGAGUGGACCCAGUGUUCCAACAAAUGGACAAGAGGACAUUUGGUCAGGGAAUGAAAUGAGAUUAUAAAGUCUGAAGUCAUCACCCACCCUACAACCCACCUUGACCCAAAGCAGGAGGUGACUGCACUGUAUUGAAGAACUACUCUAAGCUGACCUUUCUCCCUGGUUGUUAUGGCAACAUCAACUCUUUACAGUGUAAAGACUUCAGGUCAUGGGUGUUUUGAGAAAAGCUCCUAAUUACAAACAGACACUUGUGAUUGAAAUGACCUAGAGGUUACUCCUAGAAUACUGUGAAUAGAUUUGGCUUUAAAGCAGGUGAUUUGAUUGUUCAGGGAGAUAGAACAGUGAUCAAAACAAUAGAUUCAAAUUGAGAACAACUGAGAAUUCUCUUACAGUGUGUUCUUAAAACCCAGUCAUUCAACUGGAAAGGUUGGGAAAGAGGCCAAACUGAUUAGAAAGUCAUUUUGAUUUCGUGUAUUUGACAAAAACAUUUCAUUAACGUACGCCUACAUACAUAAGUACAAAACACAUUUUCUUAGUACUUUGUAUUAGUCACUCCUUCCCUAAAUACUGUUGUUUUAAUUCUUAGGUCUUAAUGUGCUCAAAGUAGCCCUUCUUUAAAAACUAUCCUUGGGGUGCCUGGGUGGCUCAGUCAGUUAAGCAUCCAACUUCAGCUCGGGUCAUGAUCUCACAGUUCAUGGGUUCGAGCCCCACCAGGCUCUGUGCUGGCAGCUCGGAGCCUGGAGCCUGCUUGGGAUUCUGUGUGUGUCUCUCUCUGCCCCUCCCCCGCUUGUGCUCUGUCUCUGCCUCUCAAAAAUAAAUAAAAUGUUUAAAAAAAUUUAAAAACUAUCCUUGUCUACACUUUUAUUUUCACUAUGAAUUGCCCAGUGUCUAGGGUACUUAAAAAAAUAAUAAUAAAAGAGUAAGUGAAAGAUUUAAGAAUUAUUCCUUAUCUAUAAACUGAGAUCGUAUCUCUUUCCCUGGCACCCUGCACUUCCGUCUCAUUGUCAUAGAGUUUAUUCACCAGAUUUGUUUCAAUUCCUCAGGAGCUGGAGGAGUACUAUUUAUUAUUUAUAUACUCUGCUAAAAAUUAGUUGAAUGGGUUUAGACCUUUCCACCAUGCACAGAGAAGGCAGUCAGUAAAUGUGAAAUUACUGGUUCCCCUGGAAUAAGCAGACCCCAGGCACGCAGUGUGUUUGGUGUGCUCUGAGACAGCACAUCUGGUAAAGGGCUUUUCGAGAUAAUACUUGAUAUUUUGUCCACAUUGGCCACAGAGUUAAAGUUCAGCAUUUCCUCAUUAUCCAUAUCGUGCAUCAUUUUGGCCAAAACAAAGGGUCAGGUAGAAAAAUCUUGAGCAGUUUUUUUUAGAAUUACCUUUAAAGAGAAGCGAAUACUGCGUAAUAAUGCAAUACAUCCUAAACGACUUAAUCUGUGAAACUCUGGCAGCAGGAGGGAUUCGGGGGAAGGAACCAGGCCCACAGCAAGGCUGGGGCGGCAGGGUUUGGCAGAGCUCCUUGACAAAAACAGACUAUUUCAGUACUUUUCAAACUGGGUAUGGUUUUCUCAACUUUUGUACCUGCCAAUCCAACAAAUACAUUUUUUUGUUUCUUUUUUAGGUUGCUCCACUGUGUCUAGGAAGAGCUGGGGCUUGCGUUGUAACUGUCAAAUUAUAAUGUAGUGCUUUGUUUUCUAAGUGAA